AAACAGGAAGUUAGUAUUUUCAGCCUACAAAACAAAAGAGUCAGACAAACAUCCACUGGUGUAGAAAUGUUGCUUAAUUUGAGGCAUGUCAGUAAUAAACAACAACAGGCUCCGAUGUUAAACGUGUCUGCAUGAAAUCGGAACACAUUCACUCCUUAAUCUCGUCCAAAACCGUCUAAGAAUUUAGUGAAACUUUUGUUUUGAAACCGGAACUGCUUUCUUCCUGGAGCGAUACUUGCUGCCGCCAAGCACACACGUGGAUAAUGGAGCUCAGUAAAACAGGACUUUAACAACAACUUGAUAUUGAGGUUGGUCCUUUUGUUCUCUACAGCCGUCUGCAUCUUCCAGAACCAUAAAAAAAAUAUGAUGGCGGCGAAGGAGAAGCAGCGGCGGGAGCUGGCGGUCUCAAAGAAGAAAAACAUGGUGGCGAGCAGCAGUGAUGAUGAAGACUCUGACGUGGAGAAGAACUUCGCUCUGCUCACGAAGAGAGGAGGGACUGAGGAGGGAGAGCAGUACCAUGGAGGAGAGGAAGAAUUCAGUGAUGAUGAUGAUGAAGAAGAAGAAGAAGAAGACGGGUCCGAUGGCGGUAAUGAAGAUGACGAAAAUGAGGAGGAUCUUGGUGAGGAAGCGUCUGAUGAUGGUGAAGUAGAGGAGGAGGUUGAGGGGGGUGAAGAAGAGGACGGAGGCAGGGAAGCCUCUGAGGAGGAGGAGGAGGAGGAGGAGGAGGAGGAUGAAGAAGAUGAAGAUGGAGAAGAUGCUGGUGGUAGCGGUGGCAUCCAGACAAGAGAAGACAUUAAAAACGAACUUUCCAACAUGUCCUUUGAGGACAUCAUGAAGCUGCAGAACAAAGUAGGAACCAAAGUUUACAACGAGGUCGCGUACGGCAGCAGCAAGAGCGGAGAGAGCCGCAAAAAGAAACGACUGAACAAGAACAGGCCGAUGGAGAUUUCAGCUAAGAGGCCGGUGCCGUUCCUCCGUCAGGUCGUCCCCGUCAGGAAACCAACGUUGAGAGAUCCUCGCUUUGACGACCUGUCUGGAGAAUACAAUCCAGAGAUUUUUGAGAAGACCUAUAAAUUCAUUGAUGAGAUCAAACACAGAGAGAAACAGAUCAUCCAGAAGCAGCUGAAGAAGACGAAGAAGAACAACCAGAGGAAAGAGAAGCUGCAGUUCCUUCUGAAGAGGAUGGAGAACCAGGAGCGAGCGAAGAAGAGCCGAGAGCAGCAGAGAGAGAGAGAGCUACAGUUCAAGAGGCAGCAGAGAGAACGAGCCAAUCAGGGCACAGGACCGUUCUUCCUCAAGAACUCUGAGAAGAAGAAGCUGCAGCUGGCUGAGAAAUACCAGGAGCUGAAGAAGAGCGGCAAACUGGAGAACUUCCUGAGCAAGAAGAGGAAGAGGAACGCCGGGAAGGACCGCAGGAAGCUGCCCGACACAAAGGCUGCGUGACACAACAAACCCUGAAGAAGAACCUGCUGAGAGCUGAAAUCUACAGACUGCUGAUCCUUCAGUGUGACAUCUGAUGGAGCAGCCUGUAAUGAGCUGCAGGAGGUUUGACUUCACUGUCAAAGUGGCAUUAUUUUAAUCUUAACCCUAUCCUAAGCCCCUCCCCUUCCAGUGGACCACCCUGGGACCUUAUUUCAGAAAAAAUAUGUACGGCAAGAGACGACUAAUGUUUGAAUUGAGCCCUAAAUUACACAAGAUGUUUGUUAUUUUAAAAGAUAAUUUAAGUCAAAGUCGCAGUUUGUUGUAAAACAGAGAACUAAGUUUUGUGUGAAACUACUUAAGGAGCUACAUCUCUCGUCUGAUUUAAUUAGUAGUCGUCUGUUGCUGCACAUAUUUUUGUCCCCUGUGGCGGAGGGUGGAGGGAGGGAAGUUGUCUCUAUUGGAUCAUAUCUUAGAUGCAUUCAACAACCCAACAUUCAAAUGUUCAAAAGCAUCGUUUUGUCUUGAGCGUGAAACUUAUUUAUUGGAGAACGGAACAAAAUAAGGUCUGCUUCCUUUUCUGGGACUUUCAACUUCAUCUCACGGUCUUCAUAAGGGAAUAGUGUUUGUCUUCACGUGUAACCUAAAUGUGUGACUUGUUUCUACAAAUAGAUACAGAAAGCUCGGAUGAUAGAGAGUCCAUGAAUGCACCGUCAGUGAGAGCCACUGGGGUCUGAACAAAAUGUAACUUUGACUAAAUAAAGUUCACUAAACAUCGACUUAACUUUGAUUUUUACAGAGAUGAAGUGAAACCAGUUGGAAGAAAAUUAAAUGAUGGUUGUUUUGCUGCAGACAAAUCAUUUUCUGUUUUAUACUGAAAUAUCGGUAUAUCCGUGUCCAGCAGUCGGUACAAUCUCAGCUGUACAGAUGUUAUGUGAUCAGAAACUGAUUAAUGUUGAACUUUCAAAAUGUUCACUUUUACUAAAUUGGUUUGUUUUGUUUUUUUAAUUAAAAUUAUAUCUGUC